CGGUAGCGAAUAGCGUCACUAACGAAAGGGGCGACAAGUGCCACGGUCGAACUAUUUACUUGAAUCUGUGUGCGAGUUGAUUUAGUGUGUGGGUCAAAGCGAAGGGGCAAAAAAGAAGUCAUCCUAGGAAUCACUGCCAUCACACUAAAGAACACGAUCACUCAUCUUUCUAUCGGUUCUUGCAAAUGGAGCACAGUCAUAAGAAUACCGACUGUUAUUUUUUCUAUUACUCAACAUGCACAAAGGGUGAUAACUGUCCAUUUAGACAUGAACCAUCUGCCUUGGGUUGUGAAACAAUGUGCGUAUAUUGGAAGCAGGGCAAAUGCUUUGAUGAACAUUGUAACUUUAGGCAUAUGGAAUUAAGAAAAAAUCGCAAAUCAAUCCCGUGUUAUUGGGAAACACAACCUGGCGGUUGUAGAAAACCACACUGUUCUUUUAUGCAUAAAAACGCUCGUACAAUUACUAAUGAUCCUAUUAAUCCAGUAAAAAAUUUUGAUUUAACAUCAAAAACAAUGAAUCAAGAAUGGUCAAAUCGUCAAGAUGACACAAAAUAUGAUGGUAGUAGUACUGAGUCAGAUCAAGGUAGAGGAAGCAGUGAAGCAGGCAGUUUUAUUGGUAGUCCAGCUGUUGAUCCUCUUAUCGUCAAAUUUGAAGAAGAAUCGGACAAUGAAAGUGUACCGUCUCCGGUAAAGCCGCAGCUGAGGGUACCAUACUGCAAGACAUACGAGGAGAUUCGUCUGGAGGAGAUUCAAGCCGAAAGCGCCGCCUACUAUUCCUAUCAGACUGAAGACUAUCAGAGUGAUGUUGGUGGCGGGAAGAUCAAGACUCGUAGGACCAAAAAAAUCUGUCGGUAUCUGUCAAUGAACAACGAUUCGAGCGACAAAAAAGGAUUGGACUUCAAGGUUCUUUCGCUGGAUGAAAUUCGUCGUCGAAAAUACAAAGGUUUUGAAGAAAAUAAAAUCAGAAGCAUAGAAUCGAUGGAUUCAAUCAAUACAAAGGAAUCGACAGGAUUUCUGAAAGACGCCGUAGAAACAGAAGCUGAAUUUAAAGAAGCAAUUUCUGUUAGAGGAGUGAAGAGACGUUUGGAAAAUGUAGAAGAGGACACUUCUAAGCGCAAAGUGAAGUGUAAUAAUGAUCGUAGCGUCAUCUCGAGCAGUGUGCCGCCUGUGAAGCUCAGAAGAUCUCCAAAGAGGUUGAGUUUGCUGCACAGUGAGGAACGAGAUGAAAAAAUUGGCCAGGAGGAGCAAAUCGAAGAAAAGAAAGAAGGAUCUGGUAGAAAUAGUCCCGAAUCAAGUUCUAUGGAAAGAUUGAACGAAUCACAGUCGAUGAGUUCGAAUAGUAGACCUAGGAAGAAUGAAGUUGAGGUUAGAUUAUGUGAUAGCAGCACGAAUGAGGAUCAGGUGCAAUUAGAAAUAAGUGAACCGAAGAAAUCGGUUGAUACGUACACUGUAGUGGAUUCUAAAGAAGCAGACAGUUUGUUGAAUGUAAAUGAAGAGGAUUAUUUGACAUUGGACAUGGCGUCGGAUGAUAUUUUGAAGGACAUCGACGCGUUGCUCAAAGAUAAAACCUCGAUUUGGAGGAGAAGCUAAGGAACGUGUACUUAUGUGAAAAAUCGACUGGAAUAACAUUUGCUCAUUUUCUAUGGUUUGUUUCUCUUUCUAUCAAUAAUCGAUGAGUGGAGAAAUAAAAUUUUUCGGUCGACUUACUUCCCACAUUUUCGAGCUGACUGAGGGAUUCUGUCUGGUUUUUUUACCACAAAUGAGAUAAGUGAGACUGUCCAUAGAUAGAAUUUUGUCGUAGGUUGAUUCUUCAAUAGACAAAGAAGAUUUUUAGAUAAUUAUCCUACUAAUUAUCGUUGUGAAGACUAGUAAAAGUUGAGGAGAAUCGUAUCGUCGAAUUCGAUUGUUUCGUGGAGGCCUGUAUUCUAUUUAAGCGAUAUGGGCGUGAUUUGUUUCUGAAGGAAUGAAUGAAGAAUUUUAGAUUCUUGCGUGGCUAUAGAUCAAUAUCUAAUAUUUUUGUUCUGACUUAGCAGAAUAUACAGGGUAUCCCUGUAAUCAAGGUAUGAUUACAUAAGACUCUACGUGAUAAAGCAAAUUGAAAAUAUAGAAUAACAUUUGCCAAACUUGUCAAAUAUACUUAAACUUUGCUAAUUCCAGGCUACACAAGAGUAGAUAAUCGAUAUAAGGUUAUUCUACGUGCAGCAAUAAUUACAAACUGUAGAAUACAAUUUUUUCAUAGGAUCAAUUUCCGUUUCCGAUAAUAUUAAAUUCGACAAUUUGUUAAAUGCACGUAUUACAUCAAAUCAAUUUUUAAUUAAAUACGUUCGAAGCCUAUUUUCUUGAAAACGAGACUUUAAACGGAAGAAUUGUAUUCCACAUUUUUGUCUAAUUUUCGCACGUGGAAUAAUUUCCUGCUGAUUGUUCACUCGCAUACGAAUAAGUAAUUAUUCAAGUUCACGUGUUGUA